GUAGAAAGAAAAAAUGAAAAUGGUGGGAAUCUUUAUUCCUCUUUCACUGUACAGGUGAUCCCACUUCGCCCCCCCUCUAUCCCUCAUUCUCCUCCUUUUUAUGCUCUCUUUCUCUCUUUUUCCCGUAUUUUUUUCUUCUCUCUCUUUCUCUUUCUCAGACUCGCAAACAAAGUAAGAUUUUCUGUUCUUCUGGCAUGAGCUAACGUUUCUCCAUUAUGGGUUUUUCAUGUGGGGAUGAUUUUGAUUAUAAACAAAAACAAGUUGUAUUAGUCGAGGAGCAAAUUGCCAGGAAUGUUAUGGAUCAUGGGGUGGAAUUCGAACUCGAAUUCUGGCCUGUUGAACACCCAAUGGAGCCACAGGAUGAAGAUCGCCCUGUAAAGUGUCCAAUGCCAACUUCUUCUGUUAUCAAUGAAUCAAGAAUGCAAGAGGAGAAAACAGGUGAAGGAUUGGGAAAGAGAGCAGAAGCACCAGAAGAAAUGAACAAAGAAGGAAAUGAAGUAGCAAUAGAGGGUCGUCCAGUUCGAGCAGUGAGAAAGAGGCAUCACACUUUGACACACGAGGAUAAUGCAAUAAAGCCUCCCAUGAGAAUGCCUUCUCUUCCUCCACCUCAAACCCCCAAAAUCACCAUCUUUGAAAUGCUUCAAGAGUUCGACAAGUUUGAGUCUUAGUCAAAUCCAUCCGUUAUUUUCUGGUGCCCAAACGUUCAAAAAGUGAGAAUCUCUCUAUGUUGUUGUAUGAAUGUCCUUACUCGAGAAAAUUUACACAACCAAAAUGUAGGCAGGAUUUCUUUAUAGUUGUAAUAUCAUUUUGAAACACUUGUCCCGUAUAAUAUUUGUCCAGUUUAAUUGUAGCUU